UCGUGAGAACCACUUCACUUUCUUCCAUAUAAUCAUUAAAAGAGAGAACAUGUUUGCAGGCAGAUGGCUGUCGCGCUAUCAGAAACAUUGAGGUCAGCGUGAUGAUGGCGUUUCAGGUAUAACAAUCCCUUUUCCUAUAGGGACGUAAAUAUUGGUCUCAUUUGUUCAGAAUUAAACUUUCAGAUAUGUCAGCUAUGAGACGUGUGGUGGAGAGUAGUUGGUUAUUUCCCUGUAAAAAUUCAAGAACAUCAGUUUCUAGAUUUUUCAAGACCUCAAGCAUCUGCAGGAAUGUCAUGCCCGCAUGGGUGAUUGAUAAAUACGGAGGCAAUGAUGUUCUGCGCUUCAGCAAAAAUGCCAGCUUCCCGAUCAUCCACUACCCCAACGAGGUGAUUGUCAAGGUCUUUGCAGCAGGACUGAACCCAAUUGAUGUCAGCAUGAGAGGUGGCCAUGGUGCUGCCACCCUGUCCAUGAAAAGAGACCCUCUAAACAUUCAUCAGACUGGGAGUGAGUUCCCCCUCAUCUUGGGGAGGGACGUGUCUGGCGUCAUCAUGGAGUGUGGCCUGGAUGUGAAGUACUUCCAAGAAAGAGAUGAGGUGUGGGCUGCCAUUCCGCCUUGGAAGCGUGGCAGCUUGGCCGAGUUUGUCGUGCUGAGUGCCAAUGAGGUGUCCCUCAAACCAAAGACGCUGAGCCACACAGAGGCCGCGGCCAUCCCCUACGUGGCCACCACGGCUUGGUCGGCCCUUGUCAACACGGGGGGGCUCACCAGAGACAACUGUGCCAAGAAACGUAUUUUGAUCCUCGGAGGGUCUGGGGGAGUGGGGACAUUUGCCAUCCAGAUGCUGAAGGCGUGGGGAGCCCACGUCACGGUUACGUGCUCGCAGAAUGCCCAGCGUUUUGUCACCGGGCUCGGCACGGACCACGUGGUGGACUACACGGCUGGACCUGUUGAGGUGGCGCUCGCUGCCCUUGACAAGUUUGACCUGAUCCUGGAUAACAUUGGGGGUAGCACAGAAAGCUGGGCACUGAAUCUACUCAAACCCUGGAGUGGGGCCAAGUACGUCACCCUGGUCACGCCCUUCCUCCAAAACACUGACAGCCUCGGGGUCGCUGACGGUAUGCUCCAGAACGCUGCCACUGUGGCCAGGAAGGCCCUCAAAUACCUUGUUAAGGGGGUCCACUACCGUUGGGGAUUCUUUGCACCAAGUGGUCCGGCACUGGAUGAAAUAAGGGAGAUGGUAGAUGCAGGACAGAUCCAUGCCGUUGUAGACGAAACAUUCAGCUUUGCACAGGUUCCUCAGGCCUUUGCGAAGGUGGAGAAGGGGCACGCCCGAGGAAAGACCGUGGUCCAGAUCAACAAGGGGGCAGAUGAUGUGUAGCACCAACACAAUCGAUUCAACUCCAUGAAGCGCUGAUGUGUUUAACUGAUGAAGUUGAGUGUAAAGACUAUUUUAAACCUGCUAAAUACUGGAAAAUGUUGUUUUCCUCCACAACCUAAAUAAAUACUGUAUGUUAAUUUGAAA